CAAAAUGGCGGAUCAGGAUGCUGGAAAUUUCAGGAUUUAGUUCGUUGGUUGACUCUUUAAACGUUAAAUUCUGAUCUUGUUAAUCAAAUAUCAGUGUCAAUUUGUUGCUUAUUCUUCUGUCUGGCAUUGGAACUAAAUAAAUGGCUGGUAAAUCUGAAAAGAAGUAUGGUCUUAUCAUAAAAAAGAAACCGACUUCAGUUCAAGUGAAGCCGUCGAUAUUUGGAGGUGAUGAUUCUGAUGAGGAUCAGAGUAGUGGAAGGAAAACAGUGAAUAUAAAAAUAAGAAAAGAGGCUGAGAAGAAGAAACAAAUGAGACAGACUGAGCUGGAGAUCAAUAAAGUUCUUGAGGAUGAUCCUACGGCAUAUGAUUACGAUGCUGUCUACGACAAAAUGGCAGAACGCAAGGCAAAUAUUUUAGCAGCAAAAAGUGCGAAAGUUGACAGAAAGCCAAAAUACAUCAACAACCUUUUAAAAUUUGCUGAAGUAAGAAAAAAAGAGGAUGAACGAAGAAUUGAGCGUCAAGUUCAGAAAGAACGGGAGGCCGAAGGGGAUGAGUUUGCAGAUAAAGAUGCCUUUGUUACAUCAGCUUAUCGGCAACGGAUGCAAGAAUUGGCUGAAGAGGAGGAAAGACUACGAAAGCAGGAGGAAAGAGAUGGUGAUGUAACAAAACAAGCCGACCUCACUAAGUUUUAUCGGAAUUUGCUGGACAGAAAUGUCUCGACUGGUGGUUCGUAUGAUACCGAGCAGCAUGCGGAGUCUCACGAUGAUAACACGAAGAAAUCACGACGUUCUCCGAGCCCUGAAGAGGAACGCGAUAAGCGGAGUAAAAGGCCUGAAAGAGAACGAAAUGAAUCUCGCAUUGAAAGGGACAGAGCACGCGAAAAAACAAGAGAAUACGAAACACGCAGUGAUCGACACGAAGAACGAAAUCACGAAAAGCUUAAACACGAAGAACGAGAAAAGGAAGAACAGAAACACGAAGAACGAGAACGCGGAGCACAAGAACACGAAGCACAAGAACACGAAGCACGAGAACACGACGAGGAACAACAAGAGAAUGCAGAACACGAAAGCGCAAAACGUUCGGGCGAAAAACACGAAACCAAAAAACGGUUGAAAGAGGACACCAAUGCCGACGAAAAUGUCGAAACUGAAACAAAAAUGUCGGAAUCAAAUUUGGCGGCAGGUGAUAAGGGAACCAAAGACGCGAUAAAUAAAUUUGCAAAACAUUCAUCCAGUGAAACGGUGAUGUCAGCCAGAGAUAGAUAUUUAGCGCGUAAGAAAAACAGAGUUGUUGUCGUGAAUACAGAAUCUGAUGAUGAAAAUUAAUAUAACCAGCGAAAAUAAUCUCUUUUUUUUUUAGUUAGCCAUUGUAGUUUCAGUAUGGGGUAGUUGUUUUCUCUUUUACGAAAUA